UUCUCGCUGGCGCGUGAAGACGACGGACGUCUGCGCCGCGCGUUUCUCCAGCCGUCCCACGUUGGGCGCCAGUCAUCCUCACCGCGAUAUCGGCAUGUUAUCAACACUCGCGGUACUAAUGCUUUCCGUAUAUACGCUUAGUGAGCGAUAACUGUGAUGUGAGGGAUCUGAAACCAGUAUCGUUGAAGUGAUUGUGUUUCUUUUUUGGAAAUUUAUCUUACAAAUAGUGAAUCGUAGCUAAGGACCAAAUUGCUAUCAAUUAAAUUGAUAAGACAAUUGGAAGCUAAUGUAAAUCCGAAUUUCUUACAGUAAUCUGUUUAAAUCACUAGAAAGAAAAACUUGUGAAGUGACACGUGACAUUUGUGUAUCGUUCUGGAGGAAUUGAAUUAAUUUCUCUGCCACACCGUGGGAAAUAAAUGAAGACAAAAGUCCAGACACGAAUGAGGCAUUAUUUCGAGAAUUUGACCAAAAUAAACGAAGAGGAGAGCGGGAGUGUUAAUGAGAAAUCGCAAUAAAAUGUGAAGCUGUCAGAAUUACACCUCGCGAGGCGAUGUGAUCACGAAUGAGGAAGAAGAAGAACAUGGCGACGAAGAUGCUGCUCUCGCUACUGCUCCACUACGUCUGCGUGGCCACCACCGACAAUAUACCCGGCUCAGGUGUGGGCACGCUGCCGGGAGUGAGCGGAAGCGAGGGCGUGCGUCAAGACCGCCCGUACUUUGAUGAUGUAUCUCCGAGAAACGUCUCCGCGGUGGUCGGACAAGCAGCCGUGUUGAGAUGCAGAGCGAAACAUAUAGGGAAUAGAACUGUGUCCUGGAUGCGAAAACGCGACCUGCACAUCCUGACGUCACACAUCUUCACGUACACCGGAGAUGCAAGGUUCAGCGUCUUACAUCCUGAACCCUCGGACGACUGGGACCUGAAGAUAGACUACGUGCAGCCGCGAGACGCCGGCGUCUACGAGUGCCAGAUUAAUACUGAGCCCAAAAUCAACAUGGCGAUCAUACUCUCCGUUGAAGGUGAACAUGAGUCCUCCCAACCCGCGACCCCGGCCCCGCCCCGUUCCUCAGCGGCGGCGGCAAGCAUCUGGGGCUCGCAAGACGUGUAUGUGAAGAAAGGCAGCACGAUAUCGCUGACGUGUUCAGUGAAUGUCCAUUCCUCGCCUCCUUCCAGCGCCUCCGUUUUAUGGUACCACGGCAACUCAGUAGUGGACUUCGACUCGCCGCGAGGGGGCAUCAGCCUCGAGACAGAGAAGACGGAAGGGGGCACCACCAGCAAACUACUGGUCACCAAAGCAGCUUUGACAGACUCCGGGAACUAUACUUGUGUGCCCAACAAUGCACACCCUGCCUCUGUAUCCGUGCAUGUGCUCAAUGGUGAGCACCCGGCGGCGAUGCAGACCAGCAACCGAGCUUCGUCCUACCUCACGUCCCAGAUCAGCUGCGCUCUCCUCACCUACCUUCUCUCGUCUGCAGUCUGCAGAUGAUGGGCUUGAGUCUUCAAGGAGGUCGGAGCUGGCGAUAGGAGCUUUAUGUGAAUUGUGAAUGUGCUUUAUUUAAAUGAAUUGUUUACGUUAAUACUUCUUCACGUCCCAUCUGAAUAAUAAUUAGAAUCAUUUACUUAUUCCUUUUUUACGUCAACUUUACACCACGUCCAAGUCACAUCACAUCGACAGUAGGUAUGUGAUCAAUACUAUCUUUUGUCAUCUGCAGACGGGCAAGUAUUAUCUAUUUUAAAUCUUAUUUAUGCCUUCAGAAAACUGCUCGCGGUUGUCAAAAUUACUACAAAUUAAAUUAUAAUUAUAAUACUUAGUUAAAAUAGUAAAGGUCCCAGAUUUCCACAAAAUUUAAAGGUAGAUUUUACGCUGACUAUAGCCUGGGCCGUUGCCGCGGCGUCACGGCCCCGAAUGCAACUGGGAUCAUGCGAAAAUGAGAGAAAGAGAGCGAAUAAAAGUAAGGACAAAAGAUGCCAUAAUUCGAUUUUCACGAGUCCUUUAAAGAAAAAAUUACAAUUCCACACAUAUAUUUCACUUUUUGCUAAAAAUAUUGUGGUACCCUGUGAAAAACGACUGUUUUAGACAUAAAUUCAUUUCAUUCAAUAUUUGCAUAGAGCUAUGAAUUUAGAUCUAUCCAAACAAAUUCGGUUGUGAACAAUGGAAAAAGGAUUUUGUUGAACCACAAAACAUUUAUUUUUCAAUUUGUGAAAAACUGAAUAAAAAGGCUCCUAUUGCUCCUCCUAUUGCAGUAAAAACCUAAAUUAUAAGUAAUUUAACUCGUUAGAACAAUUGUUAUAAAAUGAUCAGAAGGAAACGAAAUGAGUGAUCUAAGUAGAAUAAGAUUAAUUUACUCUAAGUGUAUACUAUUGUAAUGUACGGCUUUAUUUGUGUAUGUUUAAUUCAUAAUUUUGCAUAUUCGUCCUAUGCACGGUGGAACAAUUUUUAACGUUUAUAAAGUUUGCAAAACUUAACCAAUACAUCAUUCUGAUCUUACUUCAUUAACGAUUCAAUAAAAAUUGCAAUUUAGUUUUAUGUUUCAAAUUGAAAAAUAAUUAUGAACGAAAGCAAAUUGUGAGGUGAAAAAUAUUAUAUUGUGUAAAAUUUGAACGCGGAGGUUGUUUAAUGUUUUAUUUUUCAUUUUAUAUGGCCGUCACAAACGCAAAUGUGACAAGUGAUAAUAAAUUGUUAUUUCCAGAUAAAUUUUAUUUUAUCGUACAUUUCCUGCCUUUUUAAGAGCAUUUGUGUUAUUAUUUAUUUAUUUCUAUAGAUGAUUGAUUUUAUCCUGAUUGUGAUAUUGUUUUAAUACAUUAAUUGCUCACAUUUAGUUUGUAAUCCUUGAAACGGAAUGUACAUUGACAACUUUGUAAAUAAUAAAUCUAAAACUAUACGUAAUUGUAGAAUAAAGUUUAUAUCAGACAAUGUAAAUAUUUCGUAUUGUUGUAUAUAUCGAGUUUAUAAGAUUGAAUCUCGUAGGGAACCACUCGGGUGGUGGAAAACUCUGUUUUUGUUCCUAGAACAAUUUAAUUAAAUUCAGGUUGGACCUCUUUCCUAGAAAAUUCAAUAAACCUGUGGCGAGCUACAGGAAUUCUAUUUUAUGUGAUGUCACCUGAGGCGGGCAAAAACCCGUUUAACAACGCUGCGUCCGUUAGAUGUUAUUUUUUAAGCUUCAAAAAAAAUAUAAUUAAAUCGAAUGUGAAGAAACAAACAUUAUGUACCUGCAGAAAUACUUACUUAUCGAUAUACUUUCCAUCAUAUGUCGUGAAAAUAAACAAUUAUUGUUAAAACUUAUAACACUAAAGACAAGUCAAACAAACCAUCUUCCCACAAUAACGUCUCGAAACUUCCAUCGAGUACGUUGUCACUAAACCUAACAUAGUUUCCAGAAUAAGAUUACGAACAAAAUUCCACAGGAUAAACUCCAGCAGAUCCGCGGAACGCCGCGUCGAGAUCUGUUUGCCUUAUACUGUGUCAAAUAAGUUCCGCAGGUAAAUUUUCCCACAACUUAAACUAGGAACUUCCUCUACGCUUGUAGGCGACGCGCCGCGGUGAACUGCUCCCGAUGAAUUCAUAUAGAUAUACUUAAUAAGUGCAUCGGUAUUGAAGAUUUUUAUUCUUUGAUGAUAGUGGAUAUAGUCAUAAGAAACUUUGCAAUAUUUUAUCAAAUCGCAGAUCAUUUGGCAUGUACAAUAUGUGUAUUUUUCCAGCAGAAAACAUAAGGACACUAAAUAAAAUGAUAGUCUCCAUACGCUAUCGUUUCAUUCAGUAGUUGUUGCUGAUGUUUCAAUAAUAAUACCCAUCAUUUUCGUUGUCACAUUUUUUGAAGAGUUCAGUGAAGUUUUGAUUAACACAAUAUAAUUUAUGAAAUAAUAAAUUAAAAGUAGGUAUAGAAAGCUCUAAAUAUUUCGCUGUAUUAUAUAUUUACUUGUUAACACUUCAUCUUUAUAUACUUUAAUUUAUUAAGAGGUCCAAUUUUAUUACUUAGAAAUAAUGACAAAUAAAUUUAUAAAAGAAAAAAAUUAUCGACUGUUUCUUACUGUUACGAAAUUCGCGUUUAAUUUGACAGCUUGUUUUCCGUUCGCUUUGAAAACUGCAACUUUAGUGAGACGUGUGCCGGGUGGGUGAUUCUGCAAUGAGUUGCACGUACUCUUGGAGAUAAGUUGUUUGAAUUUGGAAUUAGUUCUGUUUAAAUCUGUUUGAACGCAAGGCGCUUAUACGUGUUUAAACGUAUGUCGUAGCUUAGUGGUAAUUAUAAUGUGUAUGCAUUAUAUGCGUAUAAGCGUCAUCAACAGUAAAUAUACCAUUAUUAGGCAAGUUCAAAGUUAAAUACAAUAUCCGACUGAUAAAAAUAAGCUCGUAGUGGACAAGUUACUUAAUUACGAGAUGUUUUGAAACGAACUUCAAUCUGCGAAUGAGUAAAGAUGAUCGGAUAUUAGUAUGAGACUUCAUGAAAAAUCUUAAAAUCAUCCGUCAUAAUCAAAUCGAGCGAUGAAAUUAUCGUACUUUAGCCCAAAAUAAACAAAACCAUAUGAUUUUUCUGGUUGAUACAACCACUAUUUCAUCCAUCAAAAAUUAGUAAGUCCUCUGAGAGAAUUUCAAAGUGAGCGUAGACCUUGCUUGGCCUGAAACUGUUUUUCCCAUCUUGUAUACUUGUAAAGUAGCUACACAGUAUUAUAGUUCGGUAGAUGAAUUAUCUAGCUAUGUUCCUUAUAAUAAGUAGAUGAUGUUAUAAGUGUAAUUUGAAUGAUUAUUUGUACAAGCGUUUUUAAAUAGCGGGUGAACGUCGCCCCUUAAAAUUAUUGGCGGUCUUUUCGUUUUGUACUUUGUAAAUAUAUUGUAAUGAUGUGAGAGGGGAUAUUAAUAAACAUUAUAAAAAA